UGCACUCACUGCCCUGAGGUGGGCGGGAGGCCUGUGGGCGAGGAAGGCCUCUCUUCAGCCACGCCUGAGCCACAGGCACUCAGGGCACUGCUGUCCUCUCAGCGGCUCGCAUCUGGAUGCCUUGCAGCCCAGGAUUCCACAGCAAUGGAUUGGUGGAGGGACAAUUUCUGGAUCAUCUUGGCUGCGGUCAUCAUCGUUGUUUCCUUGGGCCUGGGCCUCAUCCUAUACUGUGUCUGUGGGUGCCUGCUUAGACAAGGCAAGAAGUGGGACGUUGCCAAGCCCUUGAAACACAAGCAAAGUGAGGAAGAAAAGAUGUAUGAGAAUGUUAUUAAUCAAUCACCAGUUCAAUUACCCCCUUUGCCACCCAGGGGUUUGCUUUCUCCAGAACACAACUCCCCACAGGAAAUCCCAAGUCCGCCACCAGCUACAUACUCAAUCGUAAAUAAAGUCCAAAAGAAGAAGACACUUUCCAUCCCAAGCUAUAUUGAGCCUGAAGAUGACUAUGAUGAUGUGGAAAUCCCGGAAGAUAUGGAAAAGCAUCAUUUCGAAACAACUGUCUCUGCUUUGUGGCAAGCUGAAGAGGCUUCACACAGUUUAUUUUAAAACAAUCAAGAAUGGGUGAACUUCAGGAGGGAUCUGGGCCCCAAAAGCCAGUGGAAAUGUUCUGUAAGAUCUUUCUGACCCUCAGGCAAAGAAGCAUCAGCGAUCAAACUAAUGCAGCCAGAGGGAAGCCCAUGCUCAGCCCUGGAGACCCAGAGGAGGCAGGCCUUGACCUCCCAAGGAGGGGAUACUCUCCAGGGAGGACCUCUGGCUCCAGGGCUCCCACCCAAGAGUGAGUGAGCACUCAGUUCUCAGCACUCGUCCCCCUUUCCUUCCUUGUUGGUAUGGUUCUAAGGGAUCUUAAACCUUGGUGUCUGGGGAGGCCUCCCAGGCUCCCACGCCCAGCACGCCUGCACAGCCCCGCCACCUCCUGCAUUCAGGGGCUGUGGGUGGUAGUCACAGAUGAGCACUCUUGUGCACAAAGCAGUGCGUCACGCCUUGUGAGUCCGAGGAGAGGAGAGCUUUUUGUUCUUGUGAACCCUCCCCACCUACACACACCCCACCCCCAGUGCCUCUCUGUGACAUUGGCCAGACCAACCAUUGAAAUUCAAGUGCUCACCCAGGUUUUUCUGUGCUUCCCGGUUGCACCAGAGCAAUUAACAAAGGACAGAGUUGAUGCAGAGGCGUCAUUUUGCAAUGCAUGUGCUGGGGGAGCUACAGGAAAGUAUGUUUCCCCAAAAAAAGUCAUGGGGAAGAGGAAAGAAAGGGUGAUGAAAUAGCAGCUUCAAAAUGAGAGGUCAGGGGGCUUAAUGCCCCCUCCAUAAUUAUCAUUACUGCUUCUUCCCUUAAAGUUCUAAGCAAACAGCGCCAAGCCCCUGCCUUCCAGAUCCCUGAGCAGCUGGGAAGCGGAAACUGCACUGCGAUGACCUGCAGCCAACGUGCUGCUGCUGAGGGAUCCAAACAUCUGCUGUCCUUUAGACAAGGGCCCUUGUCGCCCAGCCCAAGUCAGCUUUGUAGGCUCCUGAGUCCCCUCCAUACCUUCGCAGUGAUCUGCUGGAGCCCUAGGACUUGAUGCUUUGUAACCAGAACUGCAAGACAACUUUCUAAGCAAUUCCCAGGAAACCGGGGGAAUGAGCAGGGAGAGCACUAGGAACCACUCAGCCGGCACAGACCCCUGGACCGAGCUCCUCAUGAAACGGGAAGGGUGUUCCCUCCCAUUCAGGCAUCCUUCCCCACCCACUGCUGCCCCACUGGGGAUACGUGUGUCCUCUUGGCUUCGCUCUUUCUAGGCUCCAUGGAGACUUCCAGCUUCCUGUUGGCACCUCCUUAUUUUAGGCCACUGGUUCUCUAACUACGGCCUGAUGGAACUCUGGUAUUCCACAAGUCAAAGAGAGGAUUCAUUUCCCAAAAUUACAGAAAAAAAAACAACUAAUAAGCGGAGGGAUAGAACUGUUUCGCAUGUAUGCUUUCCUCUUAUAAAUGUUCUGUAAACCAUCCACAUCCAUCACCAAAGUUCAAAGCUGAGGGGGAGGCACUUGCCAGACUAGUAUCACUGCCAGCAAUCCGGUCCCAAACAGUAGCCGAACCUAAUGUCCCUUCCACAGGGGAAAAUGUCUGAGAAGGAGAGAUUACAGCCAAGGGUAAAGGGAAGAAUAAGUGGGUGAUGCAAGGGAAAUCCAACAUUGUAUUAAUACCUCAAGAGAGGCUCAGAACAAGAGAAUAAUAUUUUCUCUUGGCAAAAGCAGACCAGAUGCCAGAAGGGUGAAGCUGUAUGUUUGCCAAGACUGCCUCUGCUUCUGGAACCUGACAGGGUUGAAUGGCAGCCUGCAAACCUGAGUGACAUCGCUCUGGGAGACACUCUGAUCAUAAGACUUGUUGAUGAACUGGACCAAUUUAAAAACAUUUGUAAUGACUUUAUAGGAUAAAUGAGUUGUCUUGUUAAAUCUGUCCCCAGCCCACACUGGCUUCUCCAAAUGUCAUGCCUAUUUGCACUGGUACUAUUGUUCUAUCUGUUGAAUAAAUGCCAUGCCAGAUGUAACUGCCAAUCUGCAACAGGCAUGAUCGUUUUGCUGUCAGGAAUCCAUGUUUGAAGACCAGGGGGUGGACUUUGAUAAAAUGAGUUAUAAGAAACACAUAUUUAGUCAUUCAGAUGAUCAAAUAUAUUUUUCCUAGAUAUAUCUGGUCUUCAUCCACAGUUCCUGAAAACACUUCAGAGCCUUGAAGGUGAAAUGGGUGUCUUGUCAUGUUGAUGAGACACUUUUGGAUCCCACCCAAGGGUUUGGGGCUGGAGGUUGAAUCAGCCAAUGGCCAAUGAUUUAGUCAAUCAUGACUAUGCAAUGAAGCCCUUACAAAAACUCAUGAGAAGAGCAUAUCCCUCUAUUUUGAGUCCUGCUUCUCUGUCAGAGAGAGCCUCCAUGCUUGGGGAACCAGAACGUGUCCACGUGCCAUCAAACCAAGCCCCAAGCUCCAGGAGGAUAGAAGCUCCUUUAUUUGGGGCCCUGCCCUACAUAUCUCUUCAUCUGGCUAUAACUAGUAUCCUUUAUUA